GUUUCUCCUGACUCGGUCCAACACCGAUGCCCCCCAUGCAGGCGCACGGAGCCUCGUUGCUAGGAGAUGUGCAUCAUUAAUACAUUAUGGUUUUAGACGUCACUGUUACCAUAGCUACAUCUGUGCUGGCAACGCAAAGGAUCAAAUGUCUUUUCCCAGAGAAGAGGCAUCGGAAAGAUGGCGGAAAAAAAGUUUAAAGGAGCUCCGUUUGGAACGCAGUCAGCAAGGUUUGAUGUUUCCGCGGUGCAUCCAGCCAACAAGAGAGUUGGAACCUAUACAGAGAUCUCGUAUUGCAAAAGGAGAACCAGUGAACUGGAGAGGAACCUAGGCCCUGGACUGUACAAUGCUGACAGAGGAGACUUCAGUGUGCGGGCGACCACAGAGAAGGCCAAAGGCCCUGGGUGGAAGAGGGCCCAAGAGGCCACUAGGCUGGCUAAGAUCCCUCACAUCCUCUACAGAGAGGCCUGGGAGAACAAACACUUCUUGAAAACCAAAGUGGGUCCUGGUACCUACAGAAUCCCAGACUUCAUGGAGGAGCUGGAGAAGAAACCGGGAAGUGUCAGGGGGGUGUGUGAGAGCCGGGAGGAGAGAUUCAGAGAGCCGCAGAGCUGGACUCCAGGCCCGGGUUCCUACGGCAAAGGUGGCGUGCCAUGUGCAGCUUUGGAGGAGAAGAGAACACAGUCUGGGAGCGUGGACAUGGAGCUCAGCUCAGGGCUGAAACGCUUCCCUGAGGACCCUAAGACGUGUGGGCCUUGCCCCUGUACGUACACUCUGAAGAGCAGCACAGACAUCCUCCUAAACAAGAGAACCAGCAAGAGAGGACCUUACGACCUGUUCACCGGACCAAGAGACGAACCCAUCGUGUCUGGAUACUUUGCUGCCCCGAAGUGCGCGGCCGUCACUCCAGGGGAUUACAGCCCGGAGAGUUUUAGCGAACAGUCUACCACAGCACUCUGUCUCAGUAUCACCGUCCCGCCACAUUUCCGGGGCCAUGUGAGUACGAGACUGCUCUGGCCCGCCCGAGCCGUAGCUCUGCCCGUGUCUCCUCCUCCACCCAGCGGCUCAGCAAGAUGUCGGAAAGGCUGCAGAAUGGAAACUGUAACUCAGUUGGCCCCGGUCGGUAUGACAUCGCAGAAAAGGGUCAGAGCAAGUCUGCCAACGGACACACAACCUCAUUCAGCUCCCGAACGCAGAGAUAUCUCGCAAAUCUCUGGAGAGACAAGCACACACAGGAGAGGCUACGGGCAAUAAACCUUCCGGUGGAGAGGCAGAGUUCCUUGAUGCCAAUUGGUCCAUCGUUAAGGAAAGCUCUGAUGUCAUCGGCCUGACCACGCCCACAAAAUGAGAUAUACAAAUUGACAACCGCUGCCAGUUUCAA